UCCUGUUGUGUUGGGUGAGUGCAUGGCCUCGACGUCGAUCUCGUCUAAGAUUUUACUGUAGAAAAGCCGCCGCUAUUUAUUACUAAUAUUGCGGCGUUAAAUUUCGUGAUGGUGUUCUCUUACAGGCCAUGGAUUUGAUGAAAACGAAUUGUGUGCACGUGGGAGGAAUAUGAGUUCCUAGACUUGUCUGAUGUGAAGGGAGCAGACCUGAGCAGUCUGCAGUGUGCACUAUUUGAAAAUAAAUUGGACUCCGCUGCGGCCCAUACCGUUGGUCGCACGAAACCUGCAAUAGUUAGCCCUUGAAAUGAAUAUUCCAGGUGGAUCCUCUGGUGCGAGCAAAGUGGGAAUUCCGACCGUGUCGAACAGCGUGGAUAGUCUGUCGGGCGGCGAGGGCGAGAUGGCGCCUCACUCGCCGGCGCGGAGUGGUGCCGGGCCGGCCCCUCACCCGCCGCCCUACGCUCAACCUCCACCCACUUAUCCACCACCGCACGCGCAAUGGCCUGUAGCACCACCCAACGUGUACGUGAGCCAGGUCACCGCGAAUGUCAACGUACACGGUUAUAUGGGCCAGUACUAUCAACCGCCCACGCCACAGUAUGUCCCAUCAACGCAGGAACGUGCUCCUCGUACCAAUCGACGGGACCGACGCGGCAAGCGGCAGCCAUCACCCCCCUCUCAUCAACCCCAACCAUACUAUUUACAGUACCCGCAAUAUUAUCCGGCUGCACAAGCGCAGGGCGCUCCCCUUUACCACUUGCCUUUUUAUCAACCUUUAGUGUAUGGACCAUACACAUACCCUCCAUAUUAUCCAGAGUACCCAAUGCCUGUAGAAGGAGAUGCCGAGAAAGGCCCAGAAGAAUAUCCACCUGAAGUAGUGAUGGAACAAGAAACAGUUGAUGCUUAUUAUGCUAGUGCUCAUUAUGCCGCUCCACCUUACGGGCCACCAGUAGAAGGAGCCGUGGAAUACGUCCCGCCGCUUUACUUACCUACUCCUCACCAUCCGCCACCGUUGCAGCCUCCUCCUCAUCACCACCAUACCCCGCAUCAGUUCAACGUCCACGCCAAGAACUUUGUACAAGGUCAGGGCAGAAAUUAUACACCAGUUGACAAAACACCAGAACGUCGUACGCCGCCAACUGCGACCGCUUCCGCGAACGUUGAUGGGCUUCCCAUUAAAGAUCUUAAAAUAGCAAACAAAGGGCCCAACAGUCCCAAGCAAAAUGAAAAAUCGAUAGAGAUCAGUCAGGUAAAACAAGUUCCUUCUAUGGUAGAUAAAGUUCCUCAAAAGAUUGAUUCAAAACAAACAAGUUCAAUCUCUGACAAAAUGGAUGCUACCAACACUAACCAGGUUCCGGCGGUGGCAAGAAGUUUCCCGCCACAAACCACAGCUGCUGCAUCAGCUGUAAAGAUACCUCCAACUACUGGGAAGUCGGCCAAGGGACCGUCGGCUCCGUUUUCAAGCGGCAAACAACCCUCUAAACCGGCGACACCUCAAACUGUUGUUCCACUCCAGCAGACUGUAUCGACUCCUAAAGCACCGUUUGCAAACAGACAAAAGCGUGAAGGAACAUCUAAUCGAUCACCAUCAAAUGAUAUGGGAGACAAUAAUGAGAGAUCUAUGGUCACAGAGCAUAUCAAAAGAGAACCACCACUACCUCCGAGUAAAGCGCCUAUGCCAAUAUCUAUUACGCUUCAUUCUGCGGGUCAACCGUUGAUUGUGACAAGUAAAGCGCCUUUCGGACAUUCCCGAAAAGCUAGCGGAGCUCCAGAGCCACCACCCGCCCCUCAACCUCCACCACCAGCACCGACGGCUUCCGAUUUCCCUCCACCACCGACACCUCGCAACCGUACCGAGCCACCACCGCCUGUGGUACAGCCCCAACCGCAACCCGCGCCUGGCAAAUCGUGGGCUAGUCUAUUCUCUUCGAAACCUAGUAUACCUGCACCGGCGCCCGUUCCAGCAGUUGCAGCUCCUGUCGUUGAAGAGUCAGUCAGCCCGAUAUCCAGUUCACCUCCUGUCGCUCCCAACUUGCAAAAACCGGUAGCCAAAGUUCCACCGUUUGAUGCCUCUCCCUUGCCGGGUGCCGCUCCCGAUAAAAAUGGUCCGGUUCCAGCCUCGAUUCCAGCGGUGUCGUAUUCUGAGAAGACGUCGGUAAAUUCUGGUAGCACUCAGUCGCCACCAAUGAUAACUCCAAAACCGACGGCAGGCCAAUCCCAUGCCGAACAGCGUGAAGUUCCGGUACAACGCGAUUCCACCCCUGCCGUGCCACCGCAACCUUCACCUUUCAGCGACGAUCCUAAUUCUUAUCGAAUGGGAGAAUUUCUGACUAAAUAUCAGCUAGAUCACCGUCCGGUCGCAAUCUUGCCUCGCGGUUUGACUAACCGAUCGAACUAUUGCUAUGUAAAUGCAAUCUUGCAAGCGUUGAUCGCGUGCCCUCCCUUCUACAACUUGCUCAAAGCCUUGCCGUAUCAAACACGUCGCGGCAAAUCCAGCACACCAGUAAUUGAUUCCAUGGUGGAACUAUGCUACGAGUUCAGUGCAAACGGCACCACGACGACAACGAACGGGCGCGGUCGUGGAAGCAACGCCAGCGCGGCGAGCACCGGACCGCUAGUGCCCGGCGCGCCGCCGCUCGAGGGUGGCGCAGGGCUGCGUGUACUGCGAGCGCUCCGACCCUUCCCUGGCUCACAGGAAGGUAGACAAGAAGAUGCAGAAGAGUUUCUUGGCUGUCUUCUGAACUCUCUCAAUGAUGAAAUGCUUGAGCUGAUGAAGUUAGUUGAGCCCGAUGAGCCCAAAGAAAACAACAGCCAGCCCAAUGGAAUUGUCACUUCUGAUCAGUCGCCUGAAGAGGAGGAUGACGAUGAUGAAUGGAAGGUAAUGGGUCCCCGAAACCGUGGGGCUGUGGAACGUCGUUGGGCGGCGCGUCGUACUCCCGUUGCCGAUAUCUUUCGCGGACGAACCAGGCUGCGGCUGCAUCGCGCUCAGCAUCAUGACGUCACUGAUGCUGUGCAACCUUUCUUCACUCUACAACUUGAUAUUGAGCGUGCAACCAGUGUUAAAGAAGCCCUAGAAUUAUUGGCAGGAAAAGAUACUCUGGAAGGUGUCAGUGAUGCAUGGCAGCAAUUGGCUCUGGAAGAACUCCCAGUAACAUUGUUGUUGCAUCUUAAGUGUUUCCAAUUUGACCAGGAUGGACAUACUGCUAAGAUUGUGAAGAACAUUGAUUUCCCUGUUGAUUUGAAAAUUGAUCCAAAAAUAAUGUCAUCAAAACCAAAGUACACAACAAAACAGCGAUUGUAUAAGCUGUUUGCAGUGGUGUACCAUGAGGGUGUUGAGGCAGUUAAGGGUCACUAUCUCACUGACACUUAUCAUGGGCAAGCUGGAUGGAUAAGAUAUGAUGAUUCAACUGUCACUCAAGUAACAGAUGCCCAAGUAUUGAAGCCGAAACCUCCGAGAAUGCCGUACCUCCUCAUGUAUAGACGCCAUGACACUCUUCUGCCUCACAGGCCGGUGAAGACUGAAUGAACCGAGUUUACAUUCGCUCAUUUCUACUUUCGAACAAUAAACAUCCACGGGCACUUCUGGUAAAACCAGCGUCCUCGGAAUGUAUCAAUCGUAAGUCAAAGUGAGCGAAUUUGUGUACUGUCUUAGUGAGCAGUUUUAUAACCAGUGCGGUGUGUAGUGGCGAUAUGUUGUGGGAACAUUUUUUAAGGAUUUUACUGGAUUUUUCAUUCUAUCCAUGUAAAUGUGCUUCGGAAACUGUGUUUAUUAGUCACCAGAAUUACGACAGGCACUGUUUUCUAAUUUGGAAUGACUAAAUGUUGUCUUGUGACUGCUUGAUUGGGUUUCGAUUUUUAUAAACUAGCAAAGAAAGACUUUGACUACUGAGCUAAUUGAAAUGCUCAAAAUUUAUCUCAAGGGAUUAUUGUACAUAUUGCAAUUUAUGAAUUGUGUGUAUUUGGUUUACUUUCAAUUUUAAUUCACUUUAAAAAAAAUUAAACAAUGCAGGGAUGUAACUUUUGGGAUAAGUUUACAUAAAUUUUACUUACGGAUUGUGCCUUGUUAAUCCAACGAACUCUGUGUUAAUGUUAAAAAAUUGACACAUGAACCGUUUCAUCUUUGAAAAUGUAUAUAGCUAUAUAUAUAGGCCAAACUAAUGAAGUUUUAAGCAGAGUGUGUACAUUUUGUGUUUUAAUUAAAUGUAUUGUGUAAAAAGGUAUCUGAAUCUUAAGCUGGUCUCUGAAAUUGUAUUAUAUGUAUGUGCUUCUUGAUAAUUUUGUCUGUAAAUAAUUAAGGUUUUUCUUUUAGUACAAAAUUUUCGUUGCUUUGAUCAAACCUAGCAAAACAACGCGUUUUUUACGAUUUUAUACUAUAGUUACAAGUUAUGAGCCUAAAAGUCGUAUUUCAUAAGUAAAUAUAUGUCCUUGACAAUAUGGAAUUAAUGGUGUUAUAAAAUAUAUAAAAAAAUGUAAAAAAAUAUAUCUAGUAUAUGGAAUUCAUGAUGCAUACUAUACGAAUAUUGAUCAUACAUAUGAAUAUUAAAAUUUGGUGUGGUGUACAUAUUUGUGAACAAAUUGUACUGUUAGUUAAUAAAAAUUGUAAAUAAAACGCAGUAUUUUAAAAGUUAGUAAAUACAUAAUUCUUGUCAUUUGAUGUGUAUUUGAUAACUUUAAAAACAAGAAAGACUAAAGACUGGCUGAAUAAUCAGAAGGGAAUGAAUAUGUAAUUAUGAAGAUUUCGUCCUAGUUUUAGAAUUUAAUAAUUUUCUUACUAGAAAGCUCUUAUAAUAACACUGAAAUUACCACGCGUUGCAUGAAAGCUAACUGGUCCCCGUCAAGUGUUUAAAUUAAGAAAAUUAAUGAUGUGAGAACGAGUGGUAUUCAUGUUAGUUGUACCAAUUUCAUUGUAAAAUAGGGUUGUGUGUGAUUAUAUUUGGUGGUAAGGUGCUCGAUGGACUGAUUGCAAGGAGUGAUAAUAGUGCCCUUCGUUGUUGUGAUAUGGGGAUGAUUUCACUAGAUUUAAAGCACAUUUAUGUAGUUGUUAAGUGUUAAAAAUAUAUUAUCUGUAUGUUGUCUAGUAAUGCGUAUGUUUUUAAUAUUAUUGGUAUUAAAUGAUCGAUUUUAUUCAAACCCACAAAAAAGCUACGAUUACUUUUCAGAAGUACUUCAAUUAAUCCAUGGUUUUGUAGUUCGUUUAAAUUUUCAUUUUAACAUUAAAAAAAUAAUAUAUUAUGAAUGUUUAUUUUUAAAAUGGUGAACGUGUAGAUGUUACAAAAUUGACACAAUCGCGUAAAAUUAAGUAAUUCACUGGAUAACAUUAGAUUUUAGUAUAUAGAUCCGAAUGGAUAUCUUGUAAAGAUAAGAGGUAGUUGCAUGAAGAAGUUGUAAGAAAUUAUAGAGUAAUUGCUGUUUACGAAUUAAGUGCGUAUCAAACCACUGAUAAUGAAGAUGUGUUAUAUCAAAAUCUCACGGAAUCCUAGUGAUUUAAUUAAACUAAAAGUACACUUUGUGAACAGGAUGUAUUCUGAUCUUGAUAGCUUAACGUGUUUUGAUAACACAUCUUUAACAGAUAAUUCAGAGCUCAGUGGUAUCUCAGAAUAAUUUUAUUUAGAUGAGCUGUUGCUCACUGCUCAUUGAAAAGUUAUUUAAGGCAAGUUUGGUCUAGAUAACACGAAUUGCAACUCUUUUCAUUAUAUUUCCUUUCCGUGGCGAGUGUGAUUUUUUUAAAUAUACGGGGACGUACUGGAACCAUUACCGAUCACGAAGACGGCUAGAGUUGAGUACCAAAACCGAAAAACAAAUGAUCAAUGUCAUGUUCUAAUUUAAAAAAAAAAAAACUUGCUAUUUUGACUUCGGAACUGUUGUCUCCACACCCUGUAUAUCGGUGUUCCCUCAUUAGUAUAUACUAUUGCGUCUGUAUGUUUGAUUUUUUUUUAAAUUGAACUUUUGGUGAAACUAAUAUGUGACCAAUGUUAUACAGGGCGUGAGGAAAUCAAACUCAAUACAAUAUUCGGAGAGCGGAAAGGCCAUUUGGUUUAAGCGACAUUUUUGCAUCUUUACAGCCAUUUAAAAUUUGGAUAAAUAGUCAUGAUAAACAAAAAUUCGCCUAUUUGAAUGGAAUAAACAUAAUUGAAGUUCAAUCAAAAACAUCGAUUGAUGCCAAUACCGAAUAAAACGCACCUUUAAUUACAAAGGUUUGAAUGUCGCUUAAACCAAAGAGCAUUUCAGCCCUCAAUAUGGUUCAACGAUUUUACUCGCCUGUCCACACGUGUUUGUUUACAGUGUAGCUUUUGUGCAUUGUGAAUUGUUACAUUGAUCUUGAUUGAUUUGAUUGAUUUUUUUUUUUUGAGUCGCCCGUCAUCCUUUUCGGGAGAGUUCCUCUUAAACCGUACGUGAAUGUUUGGCGGACAGAUUUAUUAUUAGUUUUCGUUACCUAAUCUUAGUCUACCUGAAUAAUACGUAUUAACGGUCCCACUUGUCACCGCUCAGUUUACCCUUUGUUAUGUAAAAAAAAAACUUCUGAUCUCAAUGUUAUUGUUGUUUGAAUUGUUUUUUUUUUUUUUAAAUCUUGUCAUCUAAAAAUUAUUCCACAAUACCUAAGGGCAAUAUUGUAUAAUGCCUUAUUAGAUUUUCGUAUGCGAGUACUUGUAUUGACCAAAAGAUGUGAAAUUGCUUAAUAAAUUAGCUUUUAGAUACAUACCUGUCACGCAUAGUUGAAGUAACAAAUGAAUACAUAACUUAAACCUAAAAAUCGAUAAAUACCGAUCAAAGGCAAAAUACACGUCUGUUCAUUUGUAACUAUUUAUGAAAAAAAAAUGUAGUUUUUAAUUAGUUUAUAGUUGAAAGAAAAAAAAUAUUAACUAACUAUCCUUUUUAUAUUUGUAACCUGAUUGUUGUCAGUAUGUGUCGUCGUUAAGUAUGUAGAAUAAUCGAAAUACAGCUAAAUAUAACCUUACAACUAAUGGUAUAUUAAUAUUAUUAAAUACAUUAUUUACAUUCGUCCCAAAAACGUUUCUAUGUAGAUAGUCGAGUUUUAUACUUAGUAUAUGGAUAGUCUGGAAAGAUUUUAUUAAAUACAUAAUUGUACUUUUAAAGUGUGUAGUUUUUGCAGUUAACGAUAAACUUAUGGUUGAAUUUUACCUUUGGAAAUCUUGGGGUUUGGGAAAAAACAAACGGCUGCCGCACACUCGCAGACGCGGCGACGACCUGCUCGUGUGCGUAUUCAAGAAAUAAAAAUUUGUAGUUGGCAACACUGCACCAAAUUUGGAAAAUUGACAAUAAGAUUUGUUAUUUUGUCAUAUUUACUUUAAAGAAAAAAUAGCAACGCUACGAAAAUUUAUAAGUUUUGCAAAUCUAGCUAACCCCAAAGGUACUCCUUAUAGAUGUAGUGAGAAAUUAUUUUCCUUUGGGAAAACUCGGAUCUUUAUCGGAAUACCCAAACUGUUAAUGAAUGAUCAUAUUAUCUAUCUAUCUCUUAGGUUUAUGGCGUUUCCUUUUAGAUUUCGCCAAAUGAUCAUAUUAAAUGAGUGACAUUUUCAUAUCAAUUUUCAAAGUGUCAAAAUGAAUAAUGUCAUUGUACUGAAACUAUUUGAGAGAGCACGAUAAAACAUUCUUAGCUACUCACAUAAUUCUUAGUGACUAUCUGUGACCUUGCUCGUUCACGAAGCCCGCUAUAGAAAGCAGAGUAUUAUAUUAUACACUUGACAUUGGCGAAAUCUAAAGGGAAACGCCAUAAACCUAAGAGAUAGAUAGAGAGCACGAUAAAUACGAACUUUUGCGAAAAAUUACGAAGGAAAAUCUUUUCUCACUAUAUCUAUACUCAAUUAUAUUCAUUGUACGUUAUAGUACUUGUACUUAGCAUUAUUCGCAUUCAGCAAUCCACAAAUAAAGAUUACAUGUAACUUUUUUUGUGUCUUUGUCCAAUUCGUUCAAACCGUAUGUCAUGGUCACUGUUUCUCAAUCUGAGGAUAGCGUACGUGACGGGUCUCUGUAAAUUUGCUAGGAAUUGGAAACUGCAAGUCAGGAGAUAUCUCGCGAAGAAUAAUAAGACGACCUCGAAUAAGAUAAGAAAUAUUCAACUGUUUUUUGGUGAAAACAACUAAUAAAUAAUUUUACGUACAUAAUACGCCUCGCAGUAAGUUCGCCUUAUUUAUUUGACUAUAGUUAACCGCAACUCAAAAGGUUGAGAAACGUUGGCCCAGGGACGUAAGACUGAGCGCAGAGUUCCCGAAUGACUCAUUUUAAUCGAAACUAUUUAAUUGAGAAAUUAGUUCAUUAAUAUUGAGAAUUUAUUUAAUCGUAAAAAGUCACUGGGAUCGAUAAGUGUUUCAUAGUAAUGGCCGUGAAUAUUGUUUGCGAAUGGCAUUGAAAAUGUACAGUCGGCUGUGAUUCCUAAAUUAUACGAACUAGUAAAUUGAGUGACGAUUUCUUAUGAUUUAUUCAUUUCGAUUUGUUUAUACAUACAUAAUAUAGGGUUAAAUUGUUACAUAAUAUAUAUUUUAAUUAUAGAUAGUAGUUUAAAUGUUCCUGAUACUUUUAUAUUAGUGAUCAAAGAUGUCGUGUGAAAAUCAACUAGUUUUAUUUAGCAGCUUGUGUUUUUUUAGUGUUUUAAGUGCCAAUCGAUGUGUGUUGAAGCACUGAAAAUGGCAUUAAUACGCGAUCUUUAAAAGAAGUUUAGUUAUUGCUAAUAAUAUGUUCUAAUAGAUUGGAAAUUCCCAAUCUGUUUUGAACCCUAUAGUCUAUAUUAAUUUCAGAUUAAACACACGGGAUAUGUGUUUAUUUAUUUAAGAAAAUUCGUAAUUGGGCAAACAGAAUAGAUGCAAAAGAAAUAUUUGCGGUUUUAAUGGCAAAUUUACAAAAACUUGAAAUAUUUCUAUCAUUUUUGAAAAAAUAUUUUAAACAAAUUGUGCUAUGGGUGUCUCCACCGAGUCCUACUGAAACUGCCACAUGAAAGACCAACUAGUAGGCAAUAUCUCCACCGCGUUAUCCCGGAAAAUCUAACAAAGAUAACAUCUGAAAAACGUCGCGUAUAAUUGAUUAAAUAAUUAAAUUAACAAUCUAAAGAAUAGCCUAGAAAUAUACGUGAGCUUAAUUUUAAAUAAUAUAUAAACGGUAAUAUAAUAAGCAGUAGAGUAAACUUAAAAUAUUCGCUCUCUGUUAUUUUAUUAUCUUAAUAAUAUUCAUGAAUGAGUACACCGCAAUAUAAUAAAUAUCCCAAUCCUAAUUUUUCUCCAUAAUCUUAAUACUGUCGCGCCUUUCGCCCGAUCUUUGUGUUAUUUUCUUAUUUUAUUUAGUCCUUUGGUAUUUGUAAAUUUUAAUGUAAGAUAAUGCCAAUUGAAAGCCAAUACGUAAAGUUAUUGAUUCAGUUCGCACAUCGGUAAUGAUAAUGUUGAGUAUAAUUAUCAGAAUUGCAUUUAAUUGUAAAAUUAAAUGGCCGACGUGUGCUUGCUAAAACUGAAACGAAAAAUAAAGCUUGGGCUUAGUGAGUAACGUUUUGUGGACGUGGUACAACAGGUUAGAGAACAGCUUUUGAAAUCGCAAUGAAAGUGAAUAAUCUCGCGGAAAUUGUAUUAAUUACGCUUUAUGGCCUAAAAUACUCUUGGAACGAAGAACUUUAGUAAUUAGACCGUAUCUCCGAAAGUAUUGGACAUUCCAUGGCUCACUCGCUCGCACUAUACUUGAGACCUUAGAACUUAUAUCUCAAAGUGGGUGGCGCAUUUACGUUGUAAAUGUCUAUGCCAUAGACUCUAUGGGCUCCAGUAACCACUUAACACCAGGUGGGCUGUGAGCCGUCCACCCAUCUAGCAAUAAAAAAAAUCUCGCAAGAUUAUCGUACUAUCAGAGUCUGAUCUAUCGUUGACUUGAUACAUCGCGAUUGUUUUCUCAUCGUUAUUAUUUUGGUACUGAACAACGUUAACUCACUAAAUUGUGAUUUAAAUCGUUACAAAAUUAAUGAUGUAUUUUUCAAUCCGUUUCUAUCAAUGCUAAUUUAUUUAUAGCGGAGUUAAGUUUUUUUUGCGAAUCCCUAAACUCUUAGGACGAAUCUAAGAAGAUUCACCUAUUAACUCAAAUGUAACAAACACCUCACUAAAAUAGUUAUAAAACUUAUAACUAACUUAAAUAACCGAUUUCUUUUAACAACUAUUAAAGCGGUCUGUGCGUGUAAUUUUAAAUAAUUGAAUAGCUACCCAAUAAUGUUUUCAUUUCAUGACAUUGAGUAAAUAGUGAAAAAAAUAUCUAAAAUAAUAUUUAUUGCUUUAUUGCUACUGUGUCAGGGCAUCUCACAGAGACUGGCACAUCGGUUAACGGUGUUCAGACUUUCUGUAUAAAAAUAAUAAUUUUAAUAAUAUAUUUUCUAAACUCUUCUGUUAAUUCAGAUUCUAGUCCUCUCAACUUUGCCCAAGCGUAUACACAAACUAAAUGUUUUAUCAAGGCAAAAGUAUAAAAACCAAACUCUAGUCUCCCCUCGGCUUAUGUGUGCAAUGAAUGGAACUCUUAAUCAUAAGCAAAUAACAUAAUCGAAACAAAUAUUACAAUGAACAAAAACCAGAUUUUCAUAUAGAACUCAUCGAAUUUUAAUAAAAACAAUGAAUCAUUUGGCGGUCUAUCUACUUAGAAUCUAAUACUUUUAAAACGAUUGUGGUAUGUUUAUAAUUAUUUUUUUAUACGAGAGGUUUCAUUAUAAGUUAUGUUUAAUUUUAGUUGUAAGUUCCAAGGCUGUAUUAAUUAAACGGGAGUGUUUUUUUUUUUAAAGCCCGCUCUGCCCUGAUUUAUUUUGUAUGUUGAGCUUUGUAAACUAUUUUAAUCAAAAUGUUGUGUAUAAAUAAUAUUAAAAAAAAAACGCUCCUACUGGUCUUAACGGAUAAUUAUUUAAAGAAAAAGACAAAACUUAAGAAAGGCACAUUGAAAAUUAAUUUUCAAUUUUCGAUUAUCCAUUAAGAUCAUCGUAUAAGUUGUUAUGUGGAUAUUGUGUGUAUGACUAAUAAUUAUAACAAUACAUUAUUUUGGUAUAUUAUUGGUGUUAUGAAAAAUUCUGUGAAUAAAAUAUUGUGUCAUUCUGA